UGCUAUCAGCGAGGUGUCUGUCCUGUCUCCUGAGCAGUUGACCGAUUUUCUACAUUAUCAACAUUCUCUAGGGAAAAUUGUCUAUUUUGACACACCACAGCUAAGAGAUAAUGUUAUCAUGAGUCCCCUUCUUAUGGUGGAAGUUAUGAGAUCUUUUAUUACUGAUGUUGAAUUCUGGCCAAAAGAAGAUAACACAAGAAAAACCUUCAAAAAGAUGUCUGAAAAUGGAAUGAUACAAAAAUUAGACCUCUACCAGAUGUGGGAGCAAGAAGAAUUUUGUCAGAUAUUACUCUUUAAAGAGUACAUAUUUGAUAUGCUGAUACACCUUGAUAUCGUAUCUGAACAGCGUAGAUAUGAUACAAAAACAGGAAGUCGGCUACCAGUAGAACACUUCUUUGUACCCUGUAUGCUUACCCAAAGAAAUGAUACAGAUUUCUUGACACAAGAAUGUACACCAGAGAGGACUGUUAGUUUGGCCUUUGUUUUUAACGGAACCGUUGUUCCUCCAGCUUUACCGAAUCGUCUCAUUUGCGCAUGUCUCAGUAUGUGGACAUUGAAGCAAUACCGUGGAAGGAAACUUAUGUUUUCUGGGUUUGUUGGGUUAUCAGUUGAUAAAGAGCAUGAUAUCGUUGUCUGUGUAGAAGGAAAUAAGAUCUUAUUGCACCUAGUCCACAAGCGCUCCAAGGGUUUGAUAAUACCUGAGAUAGCCACUAGUGUCAGAGAAUGUUUGCAUUUAACAUUGGAGAGGAUUUCAGAAUUUUAUCAGUCCACUGUCCACGAAAAAGUCAACAGUCAACUACCAUUUCACACUGAGUAUUCCUGCUCAAGAUUUAUCUGUUACUUUCCAGAAGAAAGAUUAGCUUUAAAAAUUGAUGAGUGCGUUUGUAACCAUGGUGACGACAUUACACUCAACUGGAAGGUUUGGAACCAGAAACAGAAACAAAAGCAGUGUGAUCCCGAUUGUACAGGUUUGAGUGAAGAUGCAUUAUCUCAGAUUCCAAGUAACACAGAGUUGCUACGUUUGUCUGUUAAUUGUGACAAACUCAUGAUACAUGAUUUAGCUAUUCAUCUUGAAAUGGAAGAAACAGAAUGGAAUGAUAUAGUAGAGAAUUACCCAAGAAAUACACAAAUGGUCAAGUUUUUAACACUUAUUGAUUUGAGAGAGAACAAUGGCAUACGUUUUGGAGAUUUGGCCAAAGGCUUAAGAGAAAUGAAAUUAACGACACAUACCUUAUGUAUGAUGAGGAGGAGAAAACAAUUGAUAUCUAGUAUUCAAGACGAUAUCUUAGAUUCAAUUCCUACUGAUGAAAUAUUAGAUAACAUAUCAACACAGAUUGGUAAAAUGGUCUUUCAACUAGGAAUAGAACUUGGAUUGUCAAUAGCAGAUUUAGAGAACAUAGACAAAUGUAAUUGUGACCUGACCGCCCAGAGUAAAGACGUUUUGUUUAGGUGGAGGGGAGACAGAUUAGUAAAACCUACAAUACGUGUCCUUGAACAAGCUCUGGUGAAUAGUAGAAAAGGUGCACGGUGUUUAGAGGAAGUUGUAAAGAAUGUGGAUCUGCAAACACUAAGAGCUGUAGAAACUGCUACUGAUAAGAUCAGAAAUAAUGCAAACAGAAUCAUACAGGAAAUACAAACCAGCCAAAUAUUAGACCAUAUGAUGACACAUCUGGUGAUAUCGGUAGACGACAGACGCCGUAUUGAACAACAUGCUGGACAAGAUGAUCAGAACAAAGCAUUGCUGGAUAUUGUGACCAAAAUGAGAGAACCUGCUUACAGUGUGUUUGUUGAUGGAUUACGUAUUUAUGGAUACGAAGAUAUCGCUUAUGAUUUGAAAUGUGAUUUCAGUCCAAGUCCAACAUCAGCAUCUGCGGAAAAUGAAGGCUUAUCAGUUUGGAAUUUUCCAUUAUAUAAAGUUCGUCUACAAAAGAACUACCUCAAGGUCAUCACUGAUAUACAACACGAGAACAUAGUAGAUCAUCUAAUAUCAAAAGAGGUAUUGUCAGUUGAUGAUGGGAAGAAGAUAGAAUCUGGUAAAACCCCACAGGAAAAGAACAGGAAUUUAAUGGACAUGCUGUUGCGUAAAAAUGAACAGGGAUUUAAUGAAUUUCUCAAAGCCCUACGAAAAGACUCAAUUUAUGCAGAUCUAGCAGAUCAAAUAGAGAAGACGGAAGUUACUAGCACAGAUAUGGCAACCCUUCAUAAAUGCUCAAAAUAAAAGAAAAACUUUAUACAAGUUAAAGACAGCUAAGACACACACAUGUAAACAAUGAAUAGAAGGAGGUAUUGUCAAUCCAAUGUUCAAUGAUUUGGUCACUUAAACCGCUAAGACAAACACAUGUAAACAAUGAAUAGAAGGAGGAAUUGUCAAUCCUAUGAUCAAUGAUUUGGUCACUUAAACCAUCAAAGUGAAUGAAUAACAAUAUACUAUUGAUAACAAUAUUUUAUAUUAAACAUAUGUCAUGUGUGAGUGUCAUGCUUGGCAAGGAAAAAGAUAAAAUAUGUACCCCUUUUACGAGUAUUCAAUCCUGUAAACACAAAUCCCCCUACGAGUGUUCGUUCCAUAACAGAUAUGUUAAUUAUGAAGCAGUCAUGACAUAUUUUAUAUUCAUAUAAAAUAAUUUUAAUGUAUCUUAAUAUAAUUAUUGGGAACCAGUAAUUAGAAAGUUCAUAUGCACUACUGUUUUUUCAAAGGUCAAAACAUAUGGCUGUGCGGCAUAUUUUCAACAUUUAUAUGCCUCAAACUUCCAAAAAUUUAGACCUAUACUCAAGUUAUGUACUUCCUAUCACUUAACAUUUGGUCCUUCUCAGAAUUUAAUUUGGCUGCUAUCCAUGUGGAUUUAUACUGGUAAAGUUCCCAAGAUGUGUCACUGUGAAAUGAAACAUAGAUAUCAUAUCUGGGAACCAAAGAGGCGAGGUUUGUGAAACAGCUGUAUUCACUAAGUGCAACCUAAAGGAAAUAUUAUAACUUGAUACAAUAUACUAUAUGUACUAUUUUGAAUAACCUACAUAGCUAUAAUUAGCUUAUUAUCAAUUUCAUUUCAGUCAUAAUUGUGUAUGUACAUAUGAAAUAACUAAUUCAGUGACCGAAUCUUGUCCUUAAGGUGUUUCUGAAUUUGUUUUACAUUAACUUGUUGUAUAUUGUGUUUAUCAAACAGCCACUUUUAUAUGUACAUUUGUAAAUAAGUAAGCCUCUUCAUAAAUAUAGUUUUGAACAAAAAUGCAUCGAUAUGCUCUUAUUAUGUAAAUAUAAUUAUUGCUAACAUAAUAUGGCAUUUCACAACAAAUGUUUUUGACAUAAUGCAUCUGUUCUGUCAAAUGAACUUAUCUUUCAUCCAUCAGAAAAAAGGAUUUUAAAUUCAAACAGAUUAGUGAUAAACUACUAAGCAAAAGUUUGGCCUCUUUCAAGUCAGGCUAUCUGCACCAUGUGUUGUUUGGUGGUGUUUUAGCGCAGUGCUAUACAACUUCCUGCUUGCCUUUUUAACAUUUUUUUUCGAUCGUCACUGAUGAGUCUUUUGCUUAAAUUCUUCAGAAGAUACCAAGACCUUGUUGAUAGAUAUUCAACUGCACAAAUAAUACUUGAUGGUCUUGAAAUAUAAAUUUUAGUCAUUGAGGUUUUGUUUAUCAUCCUAAUUACGUGUUGAAGUGUUCCUUUAUUUGUCUUCGUAAAUUACCUUUACUGUUAAGCCCUUUUUGGUAAUACCCUUUUGGAAUCUUUUGGUGUGGCUCAGUACUUCAACAUCCCGCCAUUGUGUUAUUGUGCUAUGGUCAUUUUUGUAUUCUUGUAUAUUUUUACCUAUGCGCUUUGGUCUUUAUGCCAUUUUGCUUUUCUUUGUUGACACAUUUGUCUUUUUUUUUAUAAUGAUUAAGAUUAUUGCACAAUGUUGACUGCUGUACCCCUACUUUUUACAUUUAAAUAUUUUAUCUAUCAUGUCUGUUUGUGUUAUUUACAUAUUGUUGUCAAUAUAAUGGAAUUUUAUGCGACUGUCAUACAAAGUGAGAGGUUAAGCUAGCUAUUAAACCAGGUUUACUUCACCAUUUUCUACAUAAGGAAAUGCCUGAACCAAGUCAGGAAUAUGACAGUUGUUUCCCAUUCUUUUGAUGUGUUUGUGAUUUUGAUUUUGCCAUUUGAUAAGGGAAUUUUUCGUUUUGAAUUUUCCUAGUAUUUCUGAUAUUCUACUUUUUUGUAAACGAAAAAUACAAUGACGCUCACAAAGAUAAGCCUGGAAUCUUUUAUGAGUUUUUUUUAUGUUGUACAUCUGUUUAAUUUGAAGGAGUCGAGUGUGUAAAAUUUAAAUUUCAAUAUUCAUUGUCAGUUUUACAAAAUUUAACCCCCAUUUUCUUUCAUCGCGAAUAUAAAAAUUUGUGUAUAAAAAUAAGGAGAUUUGAUAUGAUUGCCAAUUAAACAACUAUCCACCAAAGUUCAAACAAAGUGGAGGUAAUCAAUUAUAGGCAACUGUACGGGCUUCAACAGUGAGAAAAACCCAUUCCGUAAAGUGGGCUAUAAAAGGCCCCAACAUGACAAAUAUGAAACAAUUGAAUUGAGAAAAACGAACGACAUAAUUCAUUUUUGUAAUUUAUAACAAAACAAAUAUGACAGACGUGAACCAACCACAACCACUGAACUACAAGCUCCUAACUUGGGACAGGCACAUACAGAAUGUGGCGGGGUUCAAAAUAUUUGUGAGCCCUCAGCCUUCCCCUAACCUGGGACAUUGUUUCAUAGUUAUUUCAUUUUCUUCCUCUUAUUCCUUUAUUCCAUUAUUAACUAUUUCUAUUGAUUUUAUGUGAACAUGUUUAUAUAUUCUAUAAUAUGUAAUAUUGAUUAGAUUUUGUCAGAAAUUAUUUUGCAACAAUGAUAGUGCGAUUUCAUGCUUGAUAAUUGUCUCAUUGUACUCAAUCACUACAUACGUGUAUAAAAAAAAUCCUAAGCCUGAUUUGUCAUAAAUUUGUCAACCUUUUGCAAUGCAUAUAUACAUUUUGCCUUCAAACUGUUUGCAUUAGAACAACUGUUUUAUUUUAAAUACCUAGUGACUUUGUAAUUUACAAAUAAAAUAUGUUAUGAUACCGUUGUGUUUGUUGUUGAUGUGAUUACUGUAGCGCUAUUUGUGUUUUAGUUGUAUCUUCUACUUGUAUACAUGUAUAAA